AUGGGACGGCAUCGUCGAGGUCACAAAUUCGACAGCAGCACCAAAAUGAUGUCCCAGCUUCCGCCGCUAGACCCAAAGGACAAAGUUGCACCUCGUUCUAGGUACCAGUACAAAGUGGGACCGCCGUUUGAAACAACGUUGAUUCUUCAAAAUAUUUACUCGGCAACGACAAACGAUGUAGUUAUUCCAAGAUUAAGUGCACGAAUUGACCGCGGGUUCGAUUUUGUGGACUCGGUUUGGAUAGGGUACAAACGCAAUUAUUUUAGUCUUGUGGCUGCGUUUGAGCUCUGUUCGCACCCAGGGCUUCUGCUCUUACAAGAGGACAAAUUAUACGUUGAUGGUGAAAAUGGGCGGGAAUUCGUGAGAAACUUCAGUCUUCAGAUAUGCUGUGAAUGCUCAUCGGACGAAAUUGACCCCUUAUUGGUGCAACAUACUGCCAAAAGAGACCGCGGACCCAUAAAUGAACCUACGGUAUUUGUGGCCGUUCCUGGCGAAUUACCAAGUCACCAGGUAAUACGAGAAUCUUCCAAUAUACGCAACGGAUCCAAAAUCAGGGAGUUGGAAAACAUGCUUUUUUUGGAGAAAACAGCGAGAAAAAAUUGCAACCCUAAUUCGAUGCUAGCGGAUUAUCCUGCUGAAAGAAUAGCGAGGGUUGCAAGAUACGAACGAAUCCAAUUUUCCACCAACCUGUCACCACGACGAUUCGACAUAGCAGGCGACUUCUUCCUUCAAGUUGAACUCACGGUGACUCUCAUGAACGGAAAUACCAUCACCAUAGCCACUACCACCACUCCACCUCUCGUUGUACGAGGACGCUCACCAUCAAGCUACAUUUCCAAGGGGCCGAAUACCAGGCUCCCUAGAAUAAAAAAAUGUAUCCAGUUGCCGCUGCUUCCUUCGUUACAUCUUCCUACCGUGGACAACAAAGCUAUAGUUCCCACGAAUAAUUUUCACUUUUCGCAGAUUCCAAAAUUGGACAUCUACAGUCACCAUGCUGAAACCGACAGCAGCCUUUCCAGCGCCGAAAAUCACUUUAUGCUGAUGUCUAGCGAAAACCAAACCAACACACCAUUCAUGAAAUCUUUCGUCAACAAUGCUUUUCUCUCCCACGAAAAUACUGAACCGCCGUGCCCCGAAUUUAUCGAUACAGCAUUGUUGCAACAACUGGCUGUUGCAGCCAAUCACCAGGUGCCCAGCCGCACCAUUGCCCUAAACAGCUCGCCUAUAAAAAAGAUUCAGUCGUCCUGCAUCCAGCCCGAGGACUUUGGGCUCAACGACGAAGUACAAGACGACGACCUUGUUGAGUUCCAUGAAGAAUUGAACUUUAUGCGCGCCACUUUGAACCCGUAUAUGCUAGAUUACUCCCCGCCAGUCUCAGAAAACUCCUGGAUUUGA